AUGGAUUUUCCAUUAUUCGCUUUGCUAAUUGCUUGUUUGGGGUUUUUCUUUGGUUUCUUUCCACUCAUUGCGGAGUCUCAACAAAAUGUGAACCCUCCACCGCCAAACGUUUUACAUCCUCCUCCUCCUCCGCAUCCGCAUCCGCACCCUCCGCCGCCGCCACCACCACCACCACCACCACCACUUGUUACCCUACCACGUCCACAAAAUCCGCCUCCACCGUCUCCGUUCCUGCCUGCUCCACUACCUCCAUCUGAAUCCCAGUGGCCUCCCCAGCCUUCCCCUCGCCCUCCUAUACCCCCUUCAAAGAAACGCCUCCGCCCACCUCCUCCAAAUGAUGCAAUCUCGAAGCAUAGGGAUCACAAUCACCAGUAUUCACUUCAAAAAUCGACACGGGCGAAGCCAAAUAACCUUAACGAGGGGAAGAAAAUUGGGUUGAUAUUUGUGGGAGUUGUUGCCAUCUUGCAAGUUUGUGUGGUGGCGUUUUUGUUGAUCAGGAGAAGACAAAUUUCAAAGGCCAAUGGUGACUAUUAA